CGCGUGAACGUGAUAAAACAAAAACAACUCUGAUAUUUUUUGGAUAACAUAUUAUUGGAUAUAUCCUUCUUAUUGGAAUACUUAGGACGAAAAAAAACGGCAAAAAGAUGAAUUGUCUAGCGGGUAUAGUCAAUUUUAUUCUCUAUGUGGUCAAUGUCGUGUUUUUGGUGGUUGGCAUCUUACUCAUUGUAUUGGGAUCGAUAAUGCUAUCGCAUAUCAAUCAGUUUACUGGAAUAGCUUCCCUAGUUGAUACAAAUACCAUACCAGUAUGCAUUACCGUAUUGGGUGUCCUGAUCUUUAUUAUAUCCUUCUUUGGUUGCUGCGGUAUUUUCAAGCAAAGCACCUGCAUGACAGGAACGUACGCCACGAUGAUCUUCAUUUUGUUUAUAUUGGAAUUGGUGCUAACCUGUUGGGUAUUUGUGAAUCGUUCGGCCUUUGUUAAGGAUAUGACUGCUCUGGUCAAUACAGUUUGGGAUGAGAAUACAGCGGCGAAUGACUAUCCCAUGGGUGUACUUGAAUUGGCCUUCAACUGUUGCGGUGAUAACAGCUAUCAUGACUAUGGAACUCAAACUAUUCCCGGAACUUGUUGUGGCAAUACCAAUCGUACUGCCGCCUGUUCGUAUGAUGUUUAUGCAUACAAGCAAGGAUGUAGUGAAAAAAUGGCAGAAUUUUGGGAAGAUAAUACCAAUAUAAUACGGUGGUCGGGCUUGGGUAUAUGUAUAUUCGAGUUGAUUGUCUUUUUGUUGGCUGGUGCUUUGACAAAUUGUAUGCGCCAAUCAAAUUCUGGCAGAAAUGUUUCAUAAAUUAAACAAUUAAAUAAAUGUUAAAUCUAUUUUUAUAUAUUUAAAA